AUGUUCCCCACGUUUGUGCCCAGUAUCAGAAAAGGCGACGGGCAGCUCUAUAAUGAAGUAGUAGGUGGGGGGGGGCCUCCUGCUUUUUCCCUCGACCGGGCCCUGCGCGGACGGCACACGGCGGGCAAGGAAGCUGUGAGUCCCGCCGACUCCUCGCUGGCCGCCGCCUCCCCAACACCGCUGCCCAAGGUGCCCGAAGGCUCUGGCCCCUCCUCGCACCAAUCCCAGUCCAGGUCUACUCCGGGGAGUCCAAUCACCGUCCGAGAAGGGAGGCCCUCGCCGCUGGGGACCCCGCCUCCCAACAGAGUGACACCAACAGCAUCCAAUAAGUAUCCUUACCAGGAGCCUCCUGAUUCGGCCCUGUGGGGGCUUUGCCACACCUGGGAUCUGGGACCUGUAACUCCGCAGUUUCCAGAAAUGGUUAAUCUUGAAAACUUUGAUUUAGAAGAGACCCUUUGUCUGGAAUACAGUUGCCCCAGAUCUCUUCUUAGCUUGUUCCCUGUCAGAAUGGCAGAGUCCCAUCAGGAAAAUCUCUGGAGUGAUACUGUCUGGAGGGCUGGACUGGGGGAAGGGGCUUGUAGGGAGGAUGCUCCUGAAUGUCUAUGUGAGAGGAGCUGAGAGGCAGCAAUCAGCAAGGCAAUCCCGGUGGAAAGUGGAUUCAGAGGCUUGAUUGGAAGCUGCAUUUGCAUAGCAAAUGUAAGUAUCAUGUAAGUAUCCAGCGUGGGUUGGUGCUGCCACUGCUCUAGACUUGCGCCAUCCAACAUGUGGCUUUUGAGCACUUGAAAUGUGCUUAAUCCAAAUUAGAAACGGUGUAAGUGUAAAAUACAUGCGGGUUUUAAAAGACUGGUAAUGCAAAAGGAAGGUAAAAUAUCUCAAUGUUUUAUAUUGAUUGCAUGUUGAAAUGAUAUAUAUAUUUUAAAAUACAGACUAUUUUUUAGAGUAGUUUUAGAUUCACAUCAAAACUGAACAUUGG